UUCAGGCUCUUAUAGAACAAACCGAUCAUCGCCCAGCGCAGCACUCGACAGCAAGGACAAAUAUAGCCGACCCCCCAAUACACCAGUUUGGGAUACCACCGCCCCACUGGCGUCCAGCUGAAGUGGCCAAGUUCCACGAGCUCCUACAGGAGUUCGGCACCGCCUGGCAGGCGAUCUGGAACGAUAACUACCUCGGAUGGACCAAGGGCCCAAAAUCGGACUGGAUCCACCCAGGCCGCGAUGCCAAAAAGUACCGCUAUAAAGCGAGGAAUAUGAAGAUUCAGAUCAUGAGGUCAGCCACUCGACGC